AUGAACUCUUCUCCCAGCCGGCGGCGCCUCAUGGCGGGAAUCGCGCAAGUCGCGAUCCUUUAUAUUGGCCUAACCUCCUUCAUCGUCAAUGCGCAGCAGCCUGUCCAAGUUCAACUUGAUGAUGGCAUGUAUUCCGGAUUUGCAGAGGCUGGAGUCAACAAAUUCCUAGGACUUCGUUAUGCGGCGCCUCCUGAGCGAUUCGGCCCCCCUGUGGCAGCUAGUACGACACCACACGCCGGCGUACAGAAUGCCACGACAUUUGGUGCGUCCUGCAUGCAGGCAAUUCCGGCCGCCAUUGCUGCAGCUAUGGGUUCCAUGGGCCCCCAAAGCGAAGAUUGCUUGUUCGUCAACGUCUUUGCGCCAUCUUCUCCCCCUCCCACGGAGGGUCGGACCGUAAUGGUCUGGUACUAUGGCGGCGGUUUUCAGUUUGGGAGUGCGAAUGUCCCUGCUUUUGAUGGCUCUAGUUUCGCGCGGAACCAAGAUGUGAUCAUCGUCACGCCAAACUACCGAACAAGCGUUUUCGGAUUCCCCGGAAACGUGGACGGAAUUCCUCCGACUAUGCGCAAUGUUGGACUGAUGGAUCAAAAGCUGGCAUUGCAAUGGGUCCAGCGUAACAUUAAGGCCUUCGGCGGCGAUCCAAACAAAGUCACGAUCUUCGGAGAAUCUGCGGGGGGCGCAUCGGUCGAUAUUCUCCUUCUUACGAGCGGCCUAAGUCCCCCGUUCCGCGCAGCUAUUACUGAGUCUGGGAGCGCCUAUCUAGUCAGCGCACCACAAGCUGGCGGUAACAUCGUUGGGCUCAUGGCUGGCCCUAUUCCUGGAGCGACCAAUACGCCCAGCUCGAUCCAGACCCUGGCAAGUGCUCUUAAUUGCGGAAGUCAACGAGCUCUCGACUGUGUCAAGGCAGCGCCUGUGGAUGUCGUCGUAUCGAUUUUGGCGAAUGGGCUUUUCAAUUUCCCCCCAGUUGCCGACGGAGAUACCAACAUGCCGUCCUUACCCGAUGCCAGUCGUGCUGCGGGCCGAGUUCCUCGCAUACCACUCAUGCUUGGGACGAACAUGAGAGAAGCCGACAUCUUCACCAUGGGCAUGCCUCCCACAACAACCCUGAACGCCUUUCUGGAAAUCACGUUUCCUGGGAACUCCGCUUUGCAAAAGUCUGUUGCGGCGGCAUACCCCGUAGGACCCGGCGCUCGAUUCCCAACGGACAAAGACGCCAUUACGCAGAUGGCCACAGACUUGGACUGGACUUGCGGCAUAUCGCAUGAGGCACGCAUUUCAGCCGCGUCCGGGGUGCCAACAUGGAGGUACCUGUUUAAUUCGAGCUCUUUCCCGCCCACCCCUGGGGGCGUGUUGUCCCGUCCUGUCCAUGGUUCUGAGAUUGGCUUCGUGUACGGCAAUCUACCACCGCCGCCAGCGUCACCAGACGCAGCUCUCGGACUAAGCAAGUUCAUGCAAACAGCUUGGGCCAAUUUUGCGAAAAGCCCCGCCAACGGUCCCGGAGUACCAGCGUGGACUCCGUAUACCGGGAAACAAGGAGCAGCGGACUUGGGCAAUUUGGGAGGCGUUGUUGCGGAUGGAGUGGUGAUGGUGGACCCAAAUAUUAUUGACAGCCGAUGCAAUCUUUUUGAUGAUCUGUAUGGUAAAUCUAUGACCCCUUGA